AUGCCUGAUGCAGGAGAGCUAGACGACUCUGAGACCUAUUCUGAAAUGUGGAUGGGUACUUACCCAAGUGUACCAUCGCGAGUUCGUUCUACAGGAGAAUCCCUCCUAGAGCAUCUCAAAAAGAACCCCGGUCUCGUGGGAGAAUCGGUCUGCCGUAGAUAUGGCUCCGAUGUUCCUUUCCUCCCCAAGAUUUUGUCCUUUGAAAAAGCACUUCCCCUUCAAAUUCAUCCAGACAAAAGUUUGGCGGAGCAGUUGCACAAGGAGAACCCUGAAAAAUUCGGCGACACUAAUCACAAGCCCGAGAUCGCGAUUGCAUUGUCUCGCUUUGAGGCAUUUGUCGGGUUCAAACCCCUCGACGAAAUUGCUGAGCUGGUGCGACUCAAGCCAUUAGAGUCACUUAUGCCAAAGCAUACUGUGUUCAAUGACGAGGUUUUACGACAGCUCUGCACGAAUUUGCUCAGCCUAUCCCCAGAGUCUGUAUCUGACACAGUCACCAAACUCCAAAACACUCCUUUGCCAGAAUUUCGCAAUGAUCACCAAGUCACAUCGCUCCUUCGUCGACUUCGCGAGCAGUAUCCCGAAUCGGACAAUGGAAUUCUGGUCGCUACACUUUUAAUGAACUAUAUGAUCUUGCAGCCCGGGGAGGCAGUAUGCGUCCCUGCUGAUAGCAUUCAUGCAUACCUAUCUGGAGACAUCAUGGAGUGCAUGGCGCGAUCCGACAAUGUCUUGAACACGGGUUUCUGCCCACGCCCUGACCGUGAUGAUGUCGAGCUUUUUGCGCAAGCUCUUACAUUUAAGCCACACAGCCCGGAAGAAUCCAUACUUCCAAAGAAAACAAGUCAGGUAGGCUUGAAAGGACGGACCACUGCAUAUUCGCCUCCAAUCAGCGAAUUCGAUGUUCUAGGCGUCACCCUGCGUCCUAAGGAAGUUGAAGCUCACCGGGUGAUCCAGAGCCCUAGUAUUUUGGUCGUAACUCAAGGUUCGGGGAGGAUGGAUGUGAGCGAUGGAUCAUUCCACGAAAUAAAGGAAGGGAGCGUUUACUUCGCUGCAGUAGAUGCAGAGUUGAAGUUUUCGACUGACGUGGGUUUGACAUUGUAUCGAGCACACGCCACCUUUUAG